AACUGCAACUUCAAGAAAACCCGAAAUGUUAGCAAGGUAUCUAAAACGAAAGUAGGUCGUUAUAAUCGUGCGUACCUCAGGAAAUAAAGAAAAGGACUUUCACGUUUUAUUUCCCUCCUUAAAAGCAUCAUGAAUGCAUGUUACCAGAUAGUUGCCUUGUUGAUACCAUUUUGGCAGAUUAAUCCCAUUUACUGUGAAAGCUGUCUAGCAAGUACGCCGACUGUUAAAGAAGUAGAAAAUUGUCCAAACACAACAAUUGAGUGGCAACGCGCUUCAGAUGCAAAACAAUGUCAAAAAAUGCUGUCACACAACUGUAAAUCGUUCGUAUAUCAUUGUCUUAUGAAUGAGAAUGAGGAUGCAUUUCUUGAGGUGUGUGCACCAAAUUGGUGGAUGUCUGGUUUUUGUCCUAUGUUUAACACCAAAGAGGAAAGAGUGAUAGAUAAUUUUAAAUUGGAUUGUACGAGUUUCAAAGAGGGGGAGAAAUGUCCUUCGCGAUUCAUAUCAACAGACGCUUACAAAUAUCAAAAGUGUUAUGAGCAUGUUCGGAAAAAAAUUGAAAACAAUACCACAACCAAUAUCAAGACUUGUAAAUAUGGGCACACGACUUCAUCUGGAUCUGAAAGCAAUGUAUCCCUGAUUGUUGCAAUCGUCAUUGUAGCUUUACUGACUGUUUUGGUUAUUGUUUUGUUUAUUUUGUUACUCUUGGCAAGGAAACAAAUCAAAUGGAAUGAAACAGCAGAUCAAGAUUAUAACAGCACACCGAGAACGGGGAAGGUCAACCAGGAAUCACUUUCAUCUGAAGAUCAAGAAGGUACAGGAAAUGCUGGCGCAAGAAAAGUCCAAGAAGAUGAACCUGAAGAUCCAAAGAAAGAAAGAAAAUCUAAAGACUCAAAAGCAGAGGACUUUAAAGGGAUUUCAAAUGCAGAUGAAGAAGAAACAGGUACUGCUGACACAAGAAAAGUCAAUCAGAAAAUCGUGACACCUGAAGAUCAAGGGCUUACAGAUACUCAUAGCACAAAUAAAGGAAAUCAAAAACCCAAAGAUCAAGAAAUCGCGGGUACUGCUGGCGCAGUCCAACUAGAUAAACCUGAAGAUCAUGGGGACACAGGUACUCCCAGCACAAAUAAAGAAAAUCAGACAAUAGAAAAACCUAAAGUUACAAAGAAAGAAAAAGAAGCUAAAGACUCAAAAGCAGAGAACUCUAAAGAGCAAUCGGAAGAUCAUGGGGACUCGGGUACUCCCACAAAUAAAGAAAAUCAGAAAAUAGAAAAACCUAAAGUUCCAAAUUUAAAGAAAGAAAGAAAUCAAAGGGACUGUAAAACGCAGCAGUCAGAAGAGGAGUUAGAAGGUGAAUUUGAAAGUAAUGAGUGUGAAUCAAACACAUAG